AUGGCGGAAGUCUAUGCAUUGGAGAUCUCAUCGAAUGUAUCCGAAUUCCCUUACGAAAAGAAGUAUCCAUCAACGCUUACACUUGGGGAACUCAAGAAAAAGCUAGAGCUGGUUGUCGGAGCAACAUCUGAAAACAUCCAUAUCGAGCUUCACGAUGCUGAAGGAAAAUUCGUUUCGUCAUUGACGGAUGGAGGCAAAAGUCUCAAAGAACUGGGAGUUAAGAGUGGUAUGCGACUUCGUGCAGUUGAUGUUUCUGGUCAGAACGCAGAGUUACAAGAUGACAGUAUGGUUGAAAAAUACACGAUUAGCGAUGAUCAGUACGACAAACGAGAAGACAGUGUACGAGCAUGGAAGAAGAAGUUGCUUGCUGAAAAUGCCACUGGUCAUGAACACGCUGCUUCGGACCAUGGUGACCUGAAUGAAGAGCUGGUGAAGAAGAUAAAGGUUGGAGAUCGUUGUGAAGUGCGUGUUCGUGGUGCAGUACCACGUCGUGGAGUGGUGGCAUUCGUCGGGGAAACGAAAUUCCGAGAGGGGCCUUGGGUCGGUGUCACGUACGAUGAACCGGUCGGCAAAAAUGAUGGGGCAGUCGCUGGUGUCAGAUAUUUUCAAUGUGACGACAAGCAUGGCGGUUUUGUGCGGCCUGUAGAUGUUGCUACCGGUGAUUUCCCACCAUUUACAUCUGGUGAUAACGAGAUGGAUGAGAUCUAA